AUGCCCAACCUGUCGCCACCCUCAUCGACGUCCUCCUCCGUCGAGCGCCAGUACCAUGUAAACGGCAGGGCGGCCGUGGUCGCCUCCCGUGAGAGAGGCCAGAGCACACCGCGAAAAGAGAAACAGGGACCUAGAGAGAGCUCUGCGUUGCAGGAUCCGGGCCUGAAGGACUACCGAUUAGGAGAGUGCCUAGGAAAGGGGGCCUUCGGGUCUGUCUACAAGGCCUUCAAUUGGGGAACCGGCGAGGCCGUCGCGGUCAAGCAGAUCAAGCUCGCUGACCUGCCCAAGAGCGAGUUGCGCAUGAUUGAGUCUGAAAUCGAUCUUUUGAAGAAUUUACAUCACGACAACAUUGUCAAGUACAUUGGCUUCGUUAAGUCGGCCGAUUGUCUCAACAUCAUUCUAGAGUACUGCGAAAACGGCUCUCUUCACUCGAUAUGCAAGUCAUAUGGAAAGUUCCCCGAGAACUUGGUCGGUGUCUACACGACCCAGGUCCUGCAAGGCCUGCAGUAUCUUCACGACCAGGGUGUUAUUCACCGGGAUAUCAAGGGCGCAAACAUCCUCACAACCAAGGACGGAAAGGUCAAGCUUGCAGACUUUGGAGUCUCGACAAGCACACUCGCCGGAGGUCAGGACAAAGAGGCACAGGUCGUUGGCACACCUUACUGGAUGGCACCUGAAAUCAUACAACUUUCUGGCGCUAGCCCUGCGUCUGAUAUCUGGAGUGUGGGCUGCACCGUUAUCGAGCUGCUGCAGGGCAAACCGCCGUAUCACAACCUUGCCGCCAUGCCCGCGCUCUUCGCCAUUGUCAAUGACGACCACCCGCCGUUGCCUGAGGGCAUCUCACCAGCAUCUCGGGAUUUCCUGAUGCAAUGUUUCCAGAAGGACCCUAAUCUAAGAGUGACGGCAAGAAAAUUGUUACGGCAUGCGUGGAUCAUUGGGUGCCGAAGAAGCGACGCCCCCGUUUCCAAGGCCCCAGCAAAUUUCAGCCAAGCGGUGGAAGAGGUGAAACAGUGGAAUAAAGCCCUCAAGUCCUCCGAGAGCUCGCUCAGGGCGUCUGCCGGUUCCGAAAGUGGUUUUGCCGGGAUGCAAGGCCAUCAUCCCGGCUUGAGGUUCAGCGCCAACGAACCACUCCGGCCGAGUUCGAUCACCCAGCCCAAGGGACCUUUGGCCCUUGCAAAAUCGAGAAGGACCCCCGAGGCAUUCAGAUCCCCUGAGCUAGCUAAUGACGACAACUGGGACAACGACUUCGCGACGGCCAUUUCACCGAGUGCAUUGCACUUGCCUCAUCUGAAGCCUCAGGAUAAUUUUGGUGGUUUAUUGUCUGCCGAUAAACUCAAAGCAUUCGCUUCGAUUACAGACUCUCGGAAUGAUUCCGAGAGCUACGACGACGACUUUGAGGGGGAGUUGAUGACGAUCAAAGGACCCCGCCAUUUUACCGACUUCGAGUUUCAGGAACACACCAUUCGUCCAGUGUCCCGUAAGAAGAGCGACAAGUACGCAGAGCCCGUGAAGCAGCAGCAGCAGCAACAACAACCUCCAAAGUCCAGCCCACGGAAGACAGUUCAUGCCAGAAGCUCUUCCCGUCCCAGGUCUCCCGGCAAGCCGCAGUUUGGCCCCAGCAAGUUUGAGAUCCCUGCUCCUGUGGACCUGGCGUUCAGAGAGCAGAACACCGAAGACUAUUCAGAUCUUUUUCUAGAAAACGACGGUUAUUUCAAUGACAAUGGACUGAACCCGUUCGUCAAAAAGGUUGAAUCUCCUCAACUAUUCCAUCCUUCCGAUCUCACGAGCUUGCCGCGUUCAACACAGUCGCCCGUGACAGGGGUCUCAAGACAGCCGCCUAGCGCAAAGCUGCGCCCUUCCGUGUUACCAGACCGCCCGAUGCGAAGAACCAGGUCAUCCAUUGAGAUCCAGAAAUUUGCCGAAAAUGAAGGCGACGAAGACUUCUCCGAUAUCUUCGGACCCGAGGAUGCGGUUACCGAGAGGGAAGAGAGUGACAGAGGAUCAGAGGACGGCGGCCUGAUGGUGCUAUCCAAAUACUCAAAUAAUUCGUGGCUGGGUGAUGACGAGGAUGAAGAUGACCCUUUCGCCUCCAUGGACCCUGGAUGGGACGAAAUGGAUUUGGAAGCAAACAUUGCUAGGGACCGGCACGCAAGAUUGGCAGGCAAGGUCGAAGAACUUGUUCGCUCUCUGAAGACGUCAGAGGGCGAAGAGAAACUUUGCGAACUGGCCGAAGACCUGCUUGCCUUGCUAUGGGAAAACACCGAGAUCAAAGAUUUGAUUAUCAGUGCUCAUGGUCUGCUGCCCAUUCUGGAAAUUCUCGAGCCUUGCACAGUUAAGAGUAGGCAACAGAUGAUCCUGUCACUUUUGAAGGUCGUCAACACUAUCAUUCUGGACGAUGUCGAGAUCCAGGAGAAUCUUUGUUUCGUGGGUGGUAUUCCAAUCAUCACCAAAUUCUCGGCCCGCCAAUACUCGAAUGAAAUCAGGCUGGAAGCAGCCGCAUUUGUUCGGCAGAUGUACCAGACUUCAACAUUGACCCUGCAGAUGUUUGUCAGUGCCGGUGGUUUGAAUGUUCUUGUCGAGUUUUUGGACGAAGACUUUGACGAUGCCCGGGAUCUCGUCCUGAUCGGCGUUAAUGGCAUCUGGAACGUCUUUGAGCUCCAGGGGCCCACUCCAAAGAACGAUUUCUGCCGCAUCUUCUCGAGAAGCAAAAUUUUGUACCCGCUGGCUUUGGUGCUUCAUAGAGUGCUCGACGAGGAGGGCGAAGACGAUCUUUCUGAGCUCAUCGAGGGCCGGAUUGUCAACAUCUUCUACCUCUUCUCCCAGGCUGAGAAUUAUGUCAAGGAGGUUGUUGCUGACAGGCAGGUGUUGAAGAGCGUUUUGAAAGACUUGCGACGGAUGACGCCAAACCACCAGAUCACGAUGCUGAAGUUCAUCAAAAACCUCUCGAUGCUGUCGACAACGAUAGAAACGCUCCAUACAGCUGACGCUAUCGAGUUCCUCAUCGACGUGCUUGGCUACAGCAUGAAGAAGGGCCACAAUCAUUUCCGAGAGAUUUCCAACCAGGUUUUGAAUACAUUAUUCAACCUGUGUCGCUUGAGCAAGGAGAGACAAGAAGAUGCCGCUGUUGGCGGCAUCAUCCCUUUACUCAUGAAGAUUAUGCAAACCGAUCGCCCGCCAAAGGAAUUUGCUUUGCCUAUACUGUGUGAUAUGGCGCAUUCGGGAAGCAAAGGCCGCAGAUAUCUGUGGCAGAACAAGGGACUGGACUUUUACGUUUCGCUCCUGGCGGACCAAUACUGGCAAGUCACGGCCCUGGACGCCAUCUUUAUCUGGCUUCAGGAGGAGACGGCAAAAGUUGAGAGCCAUCUUCUGGAUGGGCAAUUCACAGACGCGAUUGUCGCUUGUUUCCACACAAACAAACUCAACUCUUUCGACGCCAACCUUUUGGAGCCUCUGCUGAAGCUCCUGAGGUUAAGCCCUUCAAUCUCAGGGUCGCUUGCGAAACCCGAGAUGUUUGCUGGCAUUGGGCAGAGACUGUGCCACAAGAAGGCUGUCGUCAGACUCAACCUUCUUCGUCUGGUGCGCAACAUCCUGGACGCUUGCGACGCAGAGAUGUUGGGCAUGGGCAACGGCAGCAGCUCUUUGAACGUCCGGCAAGUCCGGUCUCUAUUCGAUACUAUCCAAAUGCUGGCAGAGAAGGACACUGCCGUACUCGUUCGCAACCUCGCGUCGGAGCUGGUCAAGUCACACAACGAGAGCGAGCUGUACGAUACGGCUUCGGAAAGGAAUGGGUCUUCUGGGUCGGUGGCAUCUCGACGCUCAGGGUCGGGGCCGAGGCGUAAAUCCUCCUUUACUCCGCCAGGACUUCACCACGCGAUGUCGAUGCCUGCCACGCCCACACAAACCCGCCACCGUCGGUUAUCUCAGGCACCACCAGGCUCCGGCGGCGCGUUUAUUGAGGUGGCCGCAAGUCCACGGCGAACGGUUGUCCAGGAGCGGGAAGCCAUUCUCUACCGUCCACGAAGCAGAGACGGCGCUACGAGCAUCCCCAGGCGGGUGAGCGGCGAAAUUUCGUCAAGUAUGCCUUCCAGUUCAUCGGGAAAGAGCAGAUUACCUCGCCACUCGUUUGCAAGACCCAGCAGUUCGUCCGGGCAGCCUCCAUUGGUGAGAUCUGAGAGUUCUUUGUCAAAUAAAGAGAACGUAAGCAGGAACGCGUCGGCCGUAUCAGCACCUGCCGCAUCGCCAGUUCUUCCGACGAGCAUGGCCAAUAAGCGGCGGAGCAGGGGCCCAAGUUCGGACGUCAAGUGGUCAUCAUAA